AUGAACCGACUGCUGCAGCAUUUUAUCGACUCUCCUGACACUCCAAGUGCAUCUCCAUCACGUUCAUCGAUUCCAAUACCUCCUCAAUCAUUAGGGGGUUCAUAUCACGGGAUUAAUCGUGGCUCAUAUCAACGUGCGGCACCUGGAGGUCCAUUUUACUACCAUCCGCCUAAUAUAAAUGCGCAAUCUCCAGGUGUCACGGGAUUGGACGAAAUUCCGCUCACCUCGCAAUCUACUGGUGGAAUAUACGAGACCGUAGAUUUAAAUACUGAUACUACUACUACUGCUAGUAGUAGUAGUACUACCACUUCACAGGCACAAGUACUAUUUACAGCAACUAACGAGUCAGUUGUUGCUCCUAGACGAUCAUCUUUUCCAGCUUCUAGGACGAUGGAAUCAGCUGCUCCUGUACUAUUUUCCAAUGGCUUUCCACCAAUGAAAGAACGUCCGAAGAAUGAAGAAAAUCCAUACAGAAGACCGUCGAAAUCAAUGAGUAAUUUAUCCUUUGGACCUCGAGGGAACAUGAAGAUGACGAUGACGAUAACAAAACAAAGUGGAUAUGAUCCGAUGGAUACAAAUUCAAUGACUACGUCACUAGCUAGCGAUCAAAUGCAGACGUCGGUAAUCGAAGACCCUUUUGUUUCUACGACGCACACGGAGGAGAAGAGGAAUGUGGUUGAAAAUGGAAAUCAAUUACAAGCAAACAAUACUAUGAAGGAGACAAACAUGACACAGUCGCUAGAGAAAGAGACAGGGUAUUUACAGGAUCAAGACAGACAGGAACAACCGGUAUGCUCUAGUGCUGAUCUUUUUGCUUCUGCUACUUCUCGUUCGGAUACAAGUGUAUUGCCAUCGUCUAGUUCGAUGAAUGAGGAACAGGAACAUAUACCAAGUGCUGACAGCCUGUUUGGAUCUUCUGUUCCGACAAACCACACAGAUUGGACGCGAUCAGGUUCAUUUGCACAGUCUUCACAACCUGCAUCGAAAUUAGUUGAAGCUCAGAAAUUAUUCUCGGAUAAAGAAUCAAGUGCUAGCAGUUUGUUUCGGGCCAAUGCAUCGACAACGUCUCACGUGCGCCACUCUACAUCGACAAAUUUACGGAUUGAUGCUUCACAUUUGCCGCCAAAGCCUCCGGUUGGUGGACUACCCUCACCGGUCAAGUCUCACGUCGGUAUUUUACCUUCACCAGCAAAAUCGCAGACAAACCUUUCGCCACCGCCAAUGAAGCCACCUGUUGGCUCGCCGUCUUCAGCGAGGAAUGAUGCUAUAACACCGCCGAUGAGACCUCACGUAGCGUCCUCAACACCUUCAGUGAUGAAGCCUGAAGAAGACUAUUAUACUGUAUCUGGAUCCAUGAGACCCUCUAUCCACGCUAAACAUCCGUUAAAGUCCGAGUCAGGCGUACAGCACAUGAAGUCUCCGGCUGGCAAACGUGACGACGAUGCUAUAUCCAAUGCCCCGAGCAUCGCGUUAAGCCGGAUGUCAAUGCGGUCUACGUUAGAUGAUUCACUAAAGCUAUCGGAUAUGUACAAGCAAAUGACUGCACGAUUGGAGGGCGAAAAGCAUGAUCUGCUCAAGAUAGUGGCAAGUCAAGCUCAAGAGAUUGCUCUCAUGAAGAAGCACAUCGAGUCCUUAGAGAUGCAGCUGAAGAAACACGAGACUCAAGAUGCAUAG